AUGCAAAAAUUUCUAAAGGAGUUAAACAAAAGAGAAAUGUGUGAACUUUUGAACAAGAAUCAUAACAAAAAGAAAUGCAUUAGAUUGUACGAGGAUAACGAUCUAAAUUUCGGAAUUGAUACUAAACUUGAGCAUCAAAUAUUUUUCAGCAAUAAAUAUGAAUGCUUCUCUAGCUAAAAUAGAUUAAACAUCCAAGUCCUUAGUAUAACUAGACAAAAAUGA